AUGUCCGACAAUUCAGUCAACCAGCAUUUCCGCGGACAGGUUCGCUCUUGGGGCACCGCCAACAAGCCCAAUGGACGCGAUGGCGACGCCAACGAGAGCUCGCCGCUCCUUGUAAACGGCCACCACCCGGCGAACCAGGAGAACCACGUCGCCAACGGCGACGGCGGCAACAAGACGCUCAAGUUCCUGUUCAACUCGACAGGUACCCCGGGCACCGAUAGCCCCAACAUCGCCGUUAGGUAUUCCUCGCAGGCGUGGCACGUCACCAAGGUGUCGCUCUUCAGCAACCAUGUCAACUUUCUUCUUGUUAUGGUGCCCCUUGGCAUUGUUGCUGGAAAGCUUCACUGGGGCCCGACUGCCGUCUUCACCAUCAACUUCUUCGCCAUCAUUCCACUUGCUGCUGUUUUGUCGUUUGCGACCGAACAAAUCUCAAUGAAGUCGGGCGAAGCUCUCGGAGGAUUGCUCAAUGCCACCUUCGGAAAUGCUGUCGAACUGAUUGUUAGUAUUGUUGCCCUGAAAGAGGGCCAGAUUGAGGUUGUCCAGUCGUCCAUGCUCGGCUCUAUCCUCUCCAACCUGCUUCUUGUCAUGGGCAUGUGCUUCUUCUUCGGUGGUAUUUUCAACAUGCGCGACAGGAUUACUGGCCAGGGCAUGGAACAGAGCUUCGCCUCUGCUACAGCGCAAACCACCUGCUCGCUGAUGACGCUUUCUUCUGCCUCGCUCGUCAUCCCCGCCACGCUUUACUCUGUGUUCCUCGAAAAGGUCGAAAGCGUUGAGAAUGAGCGCAGCAUUCUGAUCCUCUCCCGCGGUACUGCCAUCGUCCUGCUGUUACUCUACAUUCUUUACCUAUGGUUCCAGCUGCGCACCCACCCCAAUCUUUUCGACGCCGAGAUACAGCACCACAAUGAAGAGGAGGCCGAAGAGCCCAUUAUGGGCCCUAUCGCUGCCGCCGUUGUGCUUGUUGUCACCACUGUCCUGAUUGCCAUUUGCGCCGACUACCUUGUCGAGAGCAUCGACCCCAUUGUCGAGACGGCUCACAUCAGCAAGAACUUCAUCGGUCUGAUUCUCAUUCCCAUCGUUGGCAACGCGGCAGAACACGUCACGGCCGUCGUCGUGGCCAUCCGAAACAAGAUGGACCUCGCUAUGGGUGUUGCCAUCGGCUCCAGCAUUCAGAUUGCCCUCCUCGUUACUCCGUUACUUGUCAUCCUUGGAUGGGCUGUCUUCGACAAGCCCAUGACUCUGCACUUUGAGACGUUUGAGACGGUUGUCUUCGCGGUCUCCGUGCUGGUGGUUACGUACACUGUGCAGGACGGCAAAUCCAACUACCUCGAGGGGGCUAUGUUGCUCGGCCUCUAUUUUGUUAUCGCCUUGGCUUUCUACGUCAGCCCCAGCGAUGUCCUGAACAUGCUUUUAUCCUUUUAA